GUUAUUCAUGCGCGCGCAUGUUAUUUUUAGCGCGCUAAAUUCAAGAUGGCGGACGCCACAAGUCCUCCAAGGAAGGUAAGAAGAACAUCAGAAGAACACAAGGAUGAUGGCUUUCAAUUUACUAAAAAGAGUCGUCGAGCCAAGACAGCAACUGUAAAUUUAAGUACGCGGAAAUCUGCAUCAGCAAAGAAGACCAAAAGAAGAAGAUCAAGUUUUGUCAGAGGACGGAAUGAUAGAAAAUCACUUUUGACUACCAAGUCACCUGUCAAAACCUAUAAACCAGAUCUUUGCAAGGAUAUCCCAGCAGACUUACCACUGGAACACAAGCUCUCGCUGCUUGUCAAAGCAAGUCUGCAGCUUGUAAUUGAUAAAUUAGAGGGUGACUCAAGUGAUGUGGAUUCAGAUAUACCAAACUUCAAUGAGGAAGCUAUUAGCGUAUUUAAGCAAUUGAAAGAGGCAGUUGACGACUGUGAAAUUAAUAAACUCAUACAGCAGACAGCUGAUGAACAAGAAGCUGAAGAACAUGCUACACAAACACUGGAAGAAGAGGCCCAGAUCUGCAGUGCUGUGUCUACUAGACUUAGACAAGAGAGUGAGGACUGGGAUCAGCUUCUUGAGAGUCACCAGGAACAGGCUAAACAGAUAAGCAAGGAGGCCCAAGAAGAAAUAGAGGCCAACAAAACCAAAGAUUUCAUCCCAGACUUCCUAUCUGUUGAGCAACACCAACUCCUCUCUGGAAAGCCCUCACUGAAACACAUGGUGGAGAGAAUGGAAGCAUUAAAACAAAAGCAGACACUGCAGGUGAGCUCUUUGGUUCAAACAGUGGGAUCGCUGAAGGAGUACAAAGAUGUUGUUGCAUCAUUCAUAGAUGAUCAGAGCAGCUCUCUUGGUGUGAAAUCGCUCAAGCAAAUUGAGGAACUCGGGAGCCCUAUGAGUUUGAUUAGCAGUCGCCUCAACCUGCCCAAAUAGACACCUUAGUCUUGUGUUCCCAUGUCUCCCUUUUCAUGUAUAAAUAGAUGGAAGUAGACAUAUUUUAGUGGAAAUGUAAGCCAUCUAUUACCUAGUGUGAGGUGAUACAAUCACUCUAUUUCAACACAUUUCUGUGUAAAUUUAUUGAUUUUUUUUUCUGAAACUGUAAAUUAUAUAGUGUAGAAUAGAUAGCCUAAGUGGACCUAAACCACAGGUUCUCUUAAAAAGGGGUUAUGCUACGUCAAGUUACACAAAGUUUGUGCAUGGAGUUUCAUGUUUUUCUUCUGCCAUGCUAAGGUCAAAACUUGUCCUUGGUGUCACAGUGCUAAGCUGCUAAGGCAAAUGUUGGUUUUCUUAUGACAAUGCUACAACCAAAAGGUACCAUGGUUGCAUUAUGUUUCAUCAAUGCAGGAAAAUGUGGGUCAAUCAUGAUAAUUCAAUUUAAGGCCAUCAAUGUAUGGCUCCGAUAUCACUGGAGAUCACUAAUCAUCUUAAAGCUGCAUUGUCACCAGUUUCCUUCCAGCCGAUUACAUAACAAUGUCCGAUGGAAAACGCGAAAAAUAUUUCAAAAUAUUGAAAGCAGUGUGUCUAUUGGAAGUUUCUUUGAGGAUGUGAUUGAUAGUUUAGAGCGGAUGGCGUGUUAAAUAUCUCAGAUUCUAAUAGACUCUUUUGUCUUUUAACGGUUGAGGUUUCUGUCGGAUCUCCAGAAGUAAACUGGUGAAGAUGCGGCUUUAGGUAUUGGAACUGCCAUUUGUUGUUUGCACUGACAACACUCAUUGAAAUAGGUGUAUCAAGAGAACAAAGACUCGUGGGAUUCAAAGGCCUUGCUUCCAUCUCCUCUUAUGCCAAAGUUGUUGAGUAAUUGUGACAAGUUGUGCCCCUUUAGAGGAGUACCUGCUGUUUAACAUUUUCCAUAAAUCUAGUUUUAGAUACUUGAUACAGUAGUCAUUUAUCAGUUUUUCUGUAUAAACAGUAGUGUAGGCACACUCUAAUAUAAAGUUAUUUUGUAAAGUAAAAAAAUGCCUGUUACAGAAUUUUUAGCUUCUGCAAAAUGGUGUCCUUGUACACCUCUUGUGGUAGCCUAGCAACACUGUCAUGAAUAUCAUUUAUUUGGGUAACCAAGGUGACCAAAUCUACUAGAUGACUGUGUUACAGCAUUUUUAGCUUCUGCAAAAUGGUGUCUCUGUACACCUCUUGCGGUAUCCUAGCAACACUGUCAUGAAUGUCAAUCAUUGGGGUAACCAUGGUGACCAAAUCUAACAAAAGGACAAAGAGUGGGUGUGCCACAUCGUCAUGGAGAUGAUGCAUCACUUGACAGGUGCCUUGGAUAACAAGGCCUAGUAUGUCAUCUUUUUCUUGUUGCUAAAACGACAAAAAUGAUGGUUAAUCUUGUGUUUCUCUACUGAGGCCAAAGGCACAAGAUUGUUUUUCACUUGGUCACAAGAGCAACAACAGUAAUUUCCCGAUUCUCACAGAUAUCCAAGCACAAGAGAACCUAUUGAUUUCCUUGUGCUUGCGUUAGACUGAUUCUCACUUGUGUUGCAUUGGCAUUGGUGCUUGCGCUUGUGCCCUUGUGAAAACCAGCCUAUCCUUUAUUAAAAUAGGUUUUCAAAUAGUUCCUGCUAGAUUAUCUAUGUUAUCUCUGGUCAUCCAGGUGUCCAACAAGGCAAAUUUUACUACUUGCUGCUAUUAGACAAGCAACCAAUAAAUUGUACUAAAAGCAA